CACCUAGCACCUGCCACUUCGCCAACCGCGAGGGUCAACCACGCACACGGAGCACACUCCACCUCCACUCCACCUUGCGCCUACAACACCCUCGCCCACUACGGAUCUACUCAUCCACGCCCGCUCCUCCGCCCACACUCUCCUCAGCUACAGCCCGCCCUAUUCUCGAUAGCAGUCCGCGCACGCUUGCCGGAUAACCCCUCGUUGCAGCCCCCCAAACAAUGAGCCAGAACCGGCCAUCGGCCUUCUCCAGUCUGAGAAUGGGAGAAGUCAUCCGCGAGAAGGUCCAGGACGGCGAAACUGGCGAGUACAAGGACCUCGCAUACACGCAAUGCAAGAUUGUUGGUAACGGCUCCUUCGGUGUCGUCUUCCAGACCAAGCUCUCGCCAAGUGGAGAGGAUGCAGCCAUCAAGCGGGUGCUGCAAGACAAGCGAUUCAAGAACCGUGAGCUGCAGAUUAUGCGCAUUGUCAGGCACCCCAACAUCGUCGAACUCAAGGCCUUCUUCUACAACAAUGGCGAACGGGACGAGGUCUAUUUGAAUCUCGUGCUCGAGUUCGUCCCCGAGACCGUUUACCGCGCUUCGCGCUACUUCAACAAGAUGAAGACGGUUAUGCCCAUCCUCGAGGUCAAGCUCUACAUUUACCAGCUGUUCCGUUCUCUCGCCUACAUUCACUCGCAAGGGAUCUGCCACAGGGACAUUAAGCCCCAAAACCUGCUUUUGGACCCUGCAUCUGGCAUUCUGAAGCUGUGCGAUUUUGGUAGCGCAAAGAUUCUGGUGGAGAAUGAGCCCAAUGUGUCGUACAUUUGCUCCAGAUACUACCGUGCACCCGAAUUGAUCUUUGGCGCGACAAACUACACCACGAAGAUCGAUGUAUGGUCGACCGGUUGUGUCAUGGCUGAGCUCAUGCUUGGACAACCACUGUUCCCUGGUGAGUCUGGUAUCGACCAGCUCGUUGAAAUCAUCAAGGUCCUCGGUACCCCCACACGAGACCAGAUUCGCACCAUGAACCCCAACUACAUGGAGCACAAAUUCCCUCAGAUCAAGCCGCAUCCGUUCAACAAGGUCUUCCGCAAAGCUGAUCCGAAUGCCAUCGACUUGAUCUCAAAGUUGCUGGAGUACACACCCACACAGCGCCUGUCUGCCAUCGAUGCUAUGGUGCACCCCUUCUUUGACGAGCUGAGGGACCCCAACACACGUCUGCCCGACUCUCGUCACCCCAACGGUGCUGUACGGGAUCUACCAAACCUCUACAACUUCAACCACCACGAACUCUCGAUCGCACCUCACCUCAACCAACAGCUUGUUCCUCAUCACAUUCGUGCCACACUGGCCUCGCGCGGCCUAGACUUCGAGUCGCCCGACUUCAAGCCAUUAACGAAGGACCAGAUGAUGGCGAGACUAGAUUAAGAGUCUUUGCACCUCUUAUGCGAAACGAUACCAU